AUGUCGAAUUUCCACGUAGAGAUCAAAAUUCCAGAGAUGGACCUCUGGAGUAUAUUGUUUAAACGGGAGGAUAAACCAUUUUCGGACGAUCAAGUCCUUUACUCCUCAUCCACCUCUUCACACACCUACUCCUCUAUAAGAUCCCAAACCAUCUCUUUUGGCCUCGGUCUCCGCCACCAUUACUCUUUUAAGAAAGGUGAUGUCCUGACUCUUUUCUCGGAAAACAAUAUCGAUACUCCCAUUACUAUGUGGGGAACACAUUAUAUAGGUGGGAUAGUCAGUCCUGCAAAUCCGGUAUAUACGAAACGGGAAUUAACGCAUCACUUGAGAGACUGUGGGGCGAAAAUUGUUGUCACGACGGAGGAAUUGGUGGGGAGGGUAAGGGCAUGCGUGAAUGGUAUUGAGAGGGAAACUGGGACGUGUAUUGAGAUAUUGGUGCAAGGUGGUGAGGUUUCUGAAGGGGAAAGGGGGAUUCGGGAUAUCUUUAUGGAGGAUGAGCAGCGGGAUGAGAAGAGGGUGAGGAUAGACCCGGAGAAGGAUUUGGCGUAUUUGGUGUAUAGUUCUGGAACGACAGGGUUGCCAAAGGGGGUUAUGUUGACUCAUAGGAAUGUGGUGGCGAAUUUGAUGCAAGUAGCUUCGAGGGAGGGAAAGUUGAUGAGUUGGGAUCGUGAUCGAAUUUUGAGUGUUUUGCCGUUUUUUCACGCGUAUGGUCUUCAAUGUCUCGUCCAUCUUCCCUGCUAUCUCGGAAUCCCUACCAUAGUCAUGAAAUCUUUCUCUCUUCCCACCUUCCUUUCUCUGAUUCAAGAAUUCAAAAUCACAUACACAUACGUCGCACCACCGAUAGUCUUACAUCUAGCGAAAAGUCCAGUGGUGGAAGAAUAUGAUAUCAGUAGCUUAGGAAAUAUUGUAGCGGGUGCUGCACCGCUGAGUAGAGAGUUGAUUCACAUGGUGAAAGCGAGACUGGGAGUUGGGGUACGGCAAGCGUAUGGAUUAAGUGAAACGAGUCCGGUAACUCAUAUACAGCUCGAAUAUCAUAACGGUCUCGGAUCGGUGGGACCCCCCUUGGCAAAUCAAAUUGUCAAAUUCAUGUCGCCGUCAAAUGCUGAAGUACCUGUGGGUCAAGAGGGGGAAAUUUGGAUCUCAGGCCCCAAUGUGUUCUUGGGUUAUCAUAAUAAUCCGGAUGCGACUUCUGCUGCUCUGGUUGCUUCUUCUCCCUCUGCGAAAUCAAAAUAUCCGUUCUUCAAAACGGGGGAUAUUGGAUUCCAAGAUGCAAACGGAAAUAUGUAUAUAACAGAUCGUGUCAAAGAGUUGAUCAAGUAUAAGGGAUAUCAGGUUGCGCCAGCAGAGUUGGAAGGGGUGUUGGUUGAACAUGAAUGGGUGGAGGAUUGCUGUGUUGUCGGAGUUUUCGAUAAAGAGCGGGAAACGGAGGUUCCGGUUGGAUUUUUGGUUGGGAAAGCGAGUGUGGGAAAGGAAGAUAGGAAAUUGUAUGGAGAGAAAGAAGGAAUGGAGGUUAAGAAAUGGCUAGAGGGUAAAGUGGCGGAUUAUAAGAGAUUAAGGGGGGGAGUGAGAUGGGUGGAGAGUAUUCCGAAAAGUGCUAGUGGGAAGAUCUUGAGGAGAGUUUUCAAAGAUCAGAUCAAGAAGGAAGGGGAGGGUAAGAUUGCAAAACUGUAG